AGCAUGAAGAGUUAUCAAAGAUUAUGUAAAAAAAAUGCUUUUGAUAAGAAUGUUGGUUACUGUGUUUUGGAAUUGUACAGCUGAAUUGUGCCGCCCAAUUCAUCGCCGCCUUCAGGGCGUUUUUACGGGAUGCGCGGUGCGGGGCUCGGGCGUUCGUUUCGAGUGCGUGGUCAGCGGUGACACAUCGUGUGCGCCCGGGGGCAAAAAGAAGAGUCGGUGGGACGACUAUGGAUUCGUCCGGUAUGUGCCCUCACAGGCAGGAAAUUUCAACCGGCUAAUGCCGACCGAAAUUUUCGGCCACGUACCAGUUGGUCCGUUCGUGAGGGUGAUACUGACCGAAAUCUUUUCGUCGGUCACCGUCGACCUACUUUGCUGCCCAGCCGAAGACGCAGCAGAAUGGUGGCUGACUACCGCCGCCAGACUGGUGAGCGUCGAUUGCGGGAUGAGUGCACCUGCAUCAUCCGCAACGGCGUUCACCACUAAGCGGCUGGUAUCCUAGUACGGUCGACGUACUGAUGAUGCGUUGGGUAGCCUGUCAAUAUCCGGCACAGUCAACUACAAGACUGUACUCGAUGCGUUUGUUCAUCCUAAUGUGUACAGGCUGGCCAUCCUGUACACAUUAGUCUCUCGGCGGGCGGACAUGGCGGACGUGGUCACACGUCUGGAGUGCCUGAUCAACCGGUGUGUGG